AUGCCUGCCGCCUCAAAAUCCUCCAGUGAGGAAGACCGACCCCAAUCCUCGGCGGAUGAGACCCAGCUCCGAAGACCACAAUCGCACUAUUCAGAACGCAGCGGACACGGCCUGGGCCUAGAUCAUGUCCGUAGCCAUGUCUCUCAUCACGACAUGGCCGUCAAUGAGGACUUUCACGAAGUCGACGCAGAGCAAUACCUCCGAUUCUCACCAGCCCGCAAGGUCAUAAUCGUCGCUGUAUUAUCCUUCUGCUCGUUCCUAGCACCUAUUUCUUCGACAUCAAUCUUGGCUGGCGUACCUGAAGUCGCCAAGACAUUCAAUACCACUGGUAGUGUGGUCAACGCUAGUAAUGCACUGUACAUGGCAUUCAUGGGUAUCGCCGCUCCCUUUUGGGGCCCCUUCAGCCAGGUUUGGGGAAGACGACCUGUCUUCCUUGUCAGUGCGUUUUUAUUCUUUGUUUUCUCUAUCGGCACGGCCCUGUCACCCAACUUGCCCGCGUACUAUAUCUUCCGCGUGUUGACUGCGUUCCAAGGAACGUCGUUCCUGGUGGUUGGUAGCUCUGCCUUGGGGGAUGUGUAUGAGCCGCGUGCGCGAGCAACGGCUUUGGGAUGGUUCCUAUCAGGGACUUUGAUCGGUCCAGCAUUCGGUCCCUUCCUUGGUGGCGUCAUCGUAACAUUUAAAUCAUGGAGAGUCAUCUUCUGGCUACAAACCGCACUUGGCGGUUGUGGCACGCUACUCGUCUUCUUCUUUUUCCCAGAGACCUAUCCACACCUCACCAAAAGCGAUUUGACAGAGCAAACACUUUGGCAAAAGAUCGUAUUCCUCUGGCACCGUGUAUCGCCACUGCGUGUGGCAAUUAUGCUAAUCAGAUACCCGAAUCUACUCUGCACUGGCGUUGCUGCCGGUGCCCUGGUCUGGAAUCAGUACUCUCUCCUGACGCCAAUCCGAUAUGUCCUAAACCCUCGCUUUCACCUGACUAGCCCUAUCCAAUCGGGUCUAUUCUAUAUUGCUCCGGGAUGCGGAUACCUGGUUGGGACGUUCAUGGGCGGUAGAUGGGCGGACCACACGGUUAAGAAAUGGAUUCGGGCGCGUGGUGGUGUCAGGGUUCCCGAAGACAGACUCAAGUCCUGCCUUCUAUUUCUGGGUGGAGUCAUCCCUGGCUGUAUUCUUGUAUACGGCUGGACAAUUGAGAAGGCCGUUGGUGGAAUUCCGGUUCCUGUACUGGCCAUCCUGGAUGUGAUGCAGUCCAGUGGGCGAAGUGCCGAGGUUGUUGCUGGAAGCUACAUGCUCCGAUACUUCUUUGGUGCCCUGGGAUCUGGACUCGUCCUCCCCGCGAUUGAGGCUAUGGGAGUUGGAUGGUUUAGCACUAUCAGUGCAUUCUUUUUGAUUCUAUCCGGGGUCGGCGUUUGGCUGACCACUGUGUUUGGUGACCAGUGGCGUGACAAGGUCGAGAAAAAGGAGUUGCAAAAAGCCGAACAAAAGUCUAGUAACGUGCAACAAAGCGAAAAAGGCGAGACUUGA